UCUUCUUUCUUCCUACCAAAAACCAUUUAACCAAACUCCCCUUUUGUAUAACAAAAAUUCAACAAACAAAAAAACAUACGAUUUCUCAAACAUUGCAUAAAACUAUGGUGGUUCUACCAAUGAAAAGAGAAAGAGAAAGUGAGUUUGAUAGCAUAACAACCAUGGCAAAUUACUUGAUGCUGUUUUCAUGUCAAGAAAAUCAUUUUGACACGAUCAUGAACAAUUCUCCUAGUCGAGUUUUCGAGUGUAAAACUUGCAAUAGACAAUUUUCUUCAUUUCAAGCACUUGGCGGUCAUCGAGCAAGCCACAAGAAGCCAAGAUUAAUGGGAGAAUUGAACUUUCAUUUGCCAACUUCUCCUCCUAAACCAAAAACCCAUGAGUGUUCCAUUUGUGGGCUUGAAUUUCCUAUAGGACAAGCUUUAGGUGGACAUAUGAGAAGGCAUAGAGGUAUGAUGACUGAAAAUAAUAAUAUUAAAGUUCCUCAUGUUGUGAAGAAAUCAUCAAAUAGUCCAAGAGUUUUCUGUUUGGAUCUGAACUUGACCCCAUUAGAGAAUGAUUUAGAGUUCAAGUUGAAGAAGGCAACUCCUAUAGUUGAUUUCUUGUUGUGAAUAAUUGAAUAUUGGUCCAAAUCGUGAAUUUAGGGCGGGUUCUGUUAGUUCAAAUGAAUUCAUUAUUUUCGGCAUGCUGAAUUCGCUGAUGACUCUAGAUUCUAGAUUCUUCUCUGUAUUGGACAUAUAUAUCCUAUCUGGACACU